AUGUUUAGCUUGAAACCCAGACAAUCCACAAACGGCGCCACUGAAAUGUUGCCCAAAAGCUUGAUUCGUUGUUUUUCUUCUUCUCCUUCUUUAUUCACAAAACCAGGUAAAGUGACUACAACUAUUCCACAACAUUUAGUACUUAACGUAACCCAGCUUGAGAAAUUCCUGAAAAAUGAUUGUAAAGAAGGUAAUGUCACUCUUGAUGAAGCACGAUAUUUCUUUGGAUAUAUGAUUCAUAUGCAACCCAAACCACCAAUUUCAUCAUUCAACCAGUUGUUUGGAGCACUGGCUAAGAAAAAGUUUUAUGAAGACGUUAAUUUGCUUUACAAGCGAGUGGAUUCAAUGGGGUUGUUGCCAGAUUUAAUCACUUUGACUAUUUUGAUUCAUUGCUUUUGCAAUGUGGGUCGAGUUUGUGAUGGUUUUGUUGUUUUGGGGAGGAUUUUGAGGUGGGGUUCUAGCCCUAGUGUUGUGACUUUUAAUUCUUUGAUUAAAGGUUUGUGUUUGGAGAAUAGGAGUAUGGAGGCUGUGGAGUUGUUCAAGAAAAUGGUUGUGUUUGGGGUUAGGCCUAACGUGAUUACAUGUGGGACUUUGAUUAACGGGUUGUGUAGAACAGGUGAUACCAGUAUUGCACUUAGGAUACACGAAGAGAUGGUGGAUCAAGGUUUGCAGCCUAAUGUGAUAAUGUAUAAUACAGUGAUAAGUGGGUUUUGCAAGGAGGGGAAGAUGGAAGAAGCUAAUGGAUCUAAUGAUGCAAAGGAGCUGCUAAUCUCUAUGGAGAGUAAGGGUUGUAAUCCUGAUGGUUUUGUUGUUUUUGGGAGGAUUUUGAGGCGGCGUUUAAGACCAAAUGUUGUGACUUUCACUUUUUUGAUUAAAGGUUUUUGUUUAGAGAAUAGGAGUUUGGAGGCUAUGGAGUUGUUCAAGAAAAUGGCUGUGUUUGCGGUCAGGCCUGACGCGCUUAUGUAUUGGACAUUAAUUAAGCGGUUGUGUCAGACAGGGAACACUAGCGUUGUGCUUAGAUUGCAUGAAGAAAUGGUUGCUGGUAAUGGUGAAGGGGGUGUUAUCUGCAAGCCUGAUAUUAUUUCUUAUGGUAGUAUUAUAGAUGGUCUUUGCAAAGAUGGGUUGGUAGAUAAGGCAAAAGAAUAUUUUUUGGAAAUGAAGGGGAAGAGAAUUAAGCCAGAUGUGGUUGUUUUUAACUCUCUAAUUUACGGUUGGUGUUUUGUGGGAAAUUUGGAGGAGGCUAAAGGCUUGUUUGUUGAGAUGGCAGAUCAAGGUUUGCAGCCUAAUUUACUGACGUAUAAUACAAUGGCAACUAAAAAAUUCAGUGAAGAUAAGGUGAAGCAAUGCAUUGACGCAAAAUUAAAUGGAGAUUACCCUCCUAAGGCAGUUGCAGAGGUACUGAAGAUGGUAACUUUAGUUGAAAAUAAUACAUCAAACUCAAGGUUUCUUGAUGGAAGAGCAAAAGAUUGUGAAGAAGGUUUUGAAGAUCCAAAAAGCAAAGGAAAAGCAAACUUCAAGGAGCUAGAAAGCGGGAGGGUGAAAGCAAAACUUGGAUUUUAA